AGCAAAGCAAGCAACCAAGCAAAACCAACGCGGCCGCACGCCGCACGCGGCGAAACCCCACCCCCCAUCGGCCCUGAGCCCGAGAUCCCACCCGACGCACCGGCGGCAAAAUCCGCGGCUUUUCUCUUCUGCCCGCGCGCGGCGCCAGGGCACCGCGCGAUGGGGUCGGUGUCCCUGAACGUGGCGGCCUCCCGGCGCGGCGGGCGGCGCCUGUCACACCUCUGCUCCCCCGCGCUGCUCAACCUCCUCGUGCUCCUCUCCCUCCUCUCCACCAACCUCCUCGCCCUCCUCGCCUUCCUCUCCACCCGCCCCCGCCCCGGCCCCACCACCACCGCCGCCUCCGUCGUCGGCAGCCACUCCUCCGCCAUCUCCGCGCAGAUCGCCGCCAUCGCGCGGGAGAUCGACUCCUCCCGCAUGGUUCCGCACCGCCCGGCCGACGGCAGCCUGCCCCCGGAGCUGCUCCUCUUCCUCUCCCCGCACGCGCUCCCGCUCGGCCGCGACGCGCGCACGGGGCUCACCCACAUGCCGGCCUCCGUCGCGCACACCUGCUUCCGGUCCCCCUCCACGCUCGCGCUGCUCGCGUCCUUCACGUACUACGCGCCGCACGCCGCGUGCCCGCGCAACGCCACCCUCCAGCACCGCCUCGUCUCCAAGGGCUGCGAGCCGCUGCCCCGCCGCCGGUGCCUCUCCCGGGGGCCCCGCGCACCGCUCCCGGCCUCCAACAUGGGCCUCGACAACCGGCGCUGGGUGAAGCCGCGCAACGACCACGAGUUCCUCAUCGAGGACGUGCUGCGGUUCAGUAGCGCUUCUGGUAAGAUCCGGAUCGGCUUCGACGUCGCCGGCGCCGCCGCCAAUUUUGCCGCCCGGAUGAGGGAGCGCGGGGUGACCAUCGUCACCUCGGUGCUCGACAACGCCGGGAAGCCCAUGAAUGAGUUCGUGGCAGCGAGGGGGCUGUUCCCGCUGCUGCUGUCGCCGGCGCACCGGUUCCCUUUCUAUGAUGGGGUGUUUGACCUGGUGCACGUCGGGACUACCGCAUUGGACGAAGGCGGGGCGCCGGCAUUGGGGCUGGCGGGGACGGAAGAGGCGCUGGGAUUCUUCAUGUUUGAUGUCGACAGGGUGCUGCGCGCCGGUGGGCUGCUCUGGAUAGACAGCUACAUAUGCCACAGCGAGGAGCGGAGACAGGUGGUUGUGAGGCUCAUUGUGAGGUUUGGUUACAAGAAGCUGAAGUGGGUGGUCGGAGAGAAGGCCAGCACAGGGAGCGCAAGGACAACAAUGUACUUCUCUGCAGUGUUGCAGAAGCCCGCGCGUGGUUGAAAUCCAAUGGUUGAUGGAUGGUUUGCUUCAUUCUUGAUCCGAGGCUGCUGUUAGCUGGGAAACAUAUAAUGUAGAAUUUGUGACUCAGCUGGGAACUCCAAAGUGGGAGUCCAAUGAUGUGGAAUUCUUCUCAUUUCAAGUACAAAAAGCUGCUGGUUAUAUUUUCUCCUCUGAUUUAGUUUCAUGAGCAGCUGAUCAACACAUUGCCAUGCUUGAAGUGAACCAUCGAUGGAAAAAUUAUGAGAUUUAGAUGUCACGUAACACAAUGAUCAAGGACCUAGCUAUUGCCUGAUAUUUUGUCAAGAACCUUAUAGCAUAUGCCAUUUGGAUUAUAUGUCAAAUGCCUGAAUGCUAUCUGCAGUUGCCUUUAUUCUGAAUGCUGUAUGAAUUACUAAUUGGAGCAAAACUGCAGCUUAGACUUCCUGCAUGUAACUGAACUAAUUGCUGCAAUUAGUGCUACACACCUCUUCGAUGUAUAGGAGUUCCCAUCAGGAAGACUCUACUCUUCACUCUGCCAUCGAAAGUUUCAAUCCUAAUGAUACUCUCCCUAGCUGUUACUGUUUACGCUACAUGUAACUGAACUUUUCUUCCUGCCCCCAUUGUAUUGCAGAUUAACAGAGUACAAGAUACUUUUCACAGAUGGAAGUAGCUACCUGAAUAUUCUGAGGUGUAUGUUUAUCUCACCAAACAACUACUAACCAGCUGCCACUGAACUGUUUCCUCCCUUUAACAUGUUCCCAUGAUCUACCACUGAACUGUUUCCUCCCUUCAACUUUUUUAAGUUUUAAUUAUGUGAAUGUACUACUGAACAAGGCAAUCUCAGUUGCUGACGUAGAUACAACAUGUUAUAAACUUGAGAACGAAAUUAAGAAAAGAACCUGAUAUUGACUACCAACGAGGUUGUAACGAGGUAGUGUUUCAUGGAGAA